GCCCAGGCCCCGCGUCUCCCGUCGGACCGACUGGUCCUCGCGCCUCCCUCGCCUGCCAGGUUCCAACACCGUCUUGGGAUCGGAUCUCCUGGGACCUCUGCCAACGGCUCUUUAAGCUGAGCUGCAGCCAGUUGAAUUUUGUUGGCAGCCUCUUCGGAUUCCCACGCACGGCCCUCCCUCUCCAUCACGUUUUCUGGUUUCUGAUCUCUAACUUGGCUGUGAUGAUUAUGAUGGAACAAGAGAAAGAACUGUUGGUCUCAGAUUCUAAUGGCUCUAAGGAGAGAAAGAGUUUGAAAAGCCCUUAUUCAGGAGAUGAGCAUAAGAAUAAUUUGGAAAUUGUUCAACAUAAUAAACCUAAGGCAAAUAAGCUUAAAGAGAAACCUUCAAAGUGCUCUAAAAGAGAUGGCUUGCGAAAUUCUAAGCAUGAGGAUACAAAAGAAACUCUAUUAUCAUUGUCGAAAGGAGAUGAGAUUUGGUGUCAUGAUUCCUAUGAGAAUAAGUCAGAGAGGCAGUGGGAAAAUUUUAUAGGAAAAGAGGAGGAAAAAUCCAAUCACUGGCAAUGGGACCUAAGAGAACACACCAGUGUCUCCAUCCAGCAGAAUACAUCCUCCAAACAGAAACCGUAUAAAUGUCUUCAGUGUUGGAAAAGCUUCAAUAAUAGUUCUCAUUUGCGUAUUCACCAGAGGACCCACUCAGGAGAAAAACCUUAUAAAUGCUCUGAGUGUGGAAAAUGUUUCAGUAAUAGCUCUCACCUGAUUCAGCAUCUGAGAACACACACCGGAGAGAAACCUUACCAGUGUGGUGAAUGUGGGAAAAGCUUCAAUAAUACCUCUCAUCUUAUUAUACACGAGAGAACUCACACAGGAGAGAAACCCUAUAAGUGUCCUGAGUGUGGGAAGUGUUUCAGUAGCAGCUCUCACCUGAUUCAGCAUCACAGAUCACAUACAGGUGAAAAGCCAUAUGAAUGUCCUGUAUGUGGGAAAUGCUUCAGUCACAGCUAUGUCCUGAUAGAACACCAGAGGACUCACACUGGAGAAAAGCCUUAUAAGUGCUCUGAUUGUGGGAAGAGUUUUAGUCAGAGUUCCAGUCUGAUUCGUCAUCAGCGUAUACACACAGGUGAGAAGCCCUACAAAUGUCCUGAAUGUGGAAAAAGCUUUGGUUGUAAUUCUACUCUAAUAAAGCAUCAAAGAAUACAUACAGGAGAAAAACCUUACCAGUGCUCUGAAUGUGGGAAGAAUUUCAGUCGAAGUUCAAACCUUAUUACACACCAGAAAACACACUUAAGAGAGAGAUCUUAUGAAAGUUCUGAAUGUGAAGAAAGCUUGAAUCAGAACUGCAAUGUCAUAGAAGAGUGCCGAGUCCAGCCAGGAGAGAAACCAUAUAAAUGUUGUGAGUGUGGAAAGGGUUUUGGCCUUAGUUCCCAUCUUAUUAGGCAUCAGAGAACACACACAGGAGAGAAACCUUACAGAUGUUCGGAAUGCUGGAAGACUUUUAGUCAGAGUUCCACACUAGUGAUCCAUCAAAGGACACACACGGGGGAGAAACCUUAUAAAUGUCCUGAUUGUGGUGACUGCUUCAGCCAAAGCUUUAACCUUAUCAGGCACCGGAGGACCCAUGUAGGAGAAAAACCUUAUAAAUGUGCCGACUGUGAGAAAUGCUUCAGCAGAAGUGCCUACCUCAAUCAACACAGGAAAAUUCACAUUGCAAAAUCUUUUGAGUCUCCCAAAGCUGAGGAUUUCCCACAUGAAUGGACGUGGGAAAACUCCUCAGGGGUAAUGACUCUCAUGCCUUCAUUUUCAGUUCCAAAUUGAUCUUCCUCUUCAGUUCCAAAGAGUUCCAUCGACCCUCCGGGAGGGCCCAGGGCGGCCGGCUGGGGCAGUGACCCAGAGGCGCGGUCCCAGCCCCCUCCAGAACCACCCCGAGCUUUCCUCCCACUCCCACCCCCACCAAAAGGGGGCCGCCCGUUCCCCAACACCCACGCCCCCACCCCACACACCACGCAACAUCGCCCUAGCGCCUCCGCGGGCGUCACCGCGCGGGCUCCGCCGCCUGCGAUUGGCUGA